CGCCGAAGCAGCUUUUUUUUUUUUUCAGGGAUGAACGCCGAGACGUGUGUUUCAUACUGCGACAUGACAUCCAUGGAUUCGUAUUAUAGCGCGUCCGCGGCUCAGGCUCGGGAUCAGCAAGCCAGCCUUCCGUUCAGGACAUUCCCAAGCAGCAGCGACUCCAAAUACAGCCCGACUUUCAUCAGCAGUAGCCCCACCAUCACCACCAGCAACAACAGCAGUAAAGGUCAGGCGUACGGAGAGAAGUCUCGGAGCCCGUUCCAACAGGAAUGCCAGCCACUGGAUGGCACCGCUGGAGAAGGCACCUAUAACAAAUACCACCUCUUCAUGCACAGAUCUUCUUGCAAGACUCCACCAGAAAGCAGCAAACUGCACCAGGACGCCACAGCCAACGGAGGACUCAUCUCCUGCUACGGUAAAGACACCUCAGGGCUGACCGAAUCAGAGCUGCCGACAAACACUGAUCCAACAGGAAUGGAUGGUAGCUACCUCAGCAUGAAGGAUCCAGGAGCCAAGGUUCCUCAGGAGAGACCCAGCUCCGAACUCGCCUCCCCCUUGGACAAAGGUGAGGGAGAGAGCAACAAGGGCAAGAAGAGACGUAACCGCACCACCUUCACGAGCUAUCAGUUGGAAGAGCUGGAGAAAGUCUUCCAGAAGACACACUACCCGGAUGUCUAUGCUCGAGAGCAGCUGGCACUUAGGACGGACCUCACAGAGGCUCGAGUGCAGGUAUGGUUCCAGAACCGGAGGGCCAAGUGGAGGAAGAGGGAACGUUUUGGACAGAUGCAGCAAGUCCGAACGCAUUUCUCCACUGCAUACGAACUUCCGCUCCUCACUCGUCCAGAGAACUACGCUCAGAUCCAGAAUCCCUCAUGGAUCGGGGGCAGCAGCGGAGCGUCCCCAGUGCCAGGCUGUGUCGUUCCGUGUGACUCGGUGACAUCUUGCAUGACCCCUCAUCCCCACGCUGCGAGCGGAGUGUCUGACUUCCUGGGUGUGCCCAGUCCUGGAGGUCACAUGGGACAAAGUCACAUGGGAAGUCUGUUUGGGAGUCCAGGCAUGAGCACCGGCAUCAACGGAUACGAUCUGAACAUGGACCCUGACCGGAAGUCGUCCAGCAUUGCCUCUCUGCGCAUGAAAGCCAAAGAGCACAGUGCAGCCAUCUCCUGGGCCACAUGAUCGCCCUGAGACACAGCGACAUGGCCGCUUGUAGUGUUCUUUAACAACGCAGUGGGAAAAAGGAGAUGGUGAAGAGGACAAAUAAAACAAAAAAACAACGAGAGUGGGUGAACACCAGAGCAACCACCAUGCCAUGUGUGGCAAAAGACAAAGACGAUGACUCAGAGAUCAGAAAACUGAUAUUAUCAUUAUUAUUAUUAAUAACAAAAAACCUGUGAAGGAAAGAAAGAAUAAUAUGAGAUCAAUGAGAAUUACCCAAAGUAAGUUGUCUAUCUACAAAAAAAAAAGGAGGAUUUGUAGCUCUUGGGUUAAAACUUCAAAAUAAAACUAAAAGCAACUCCUGCACUUAUCAGAUGAACCUGUAGGUCCUAGUUGUAUAGCGUGAUUAUACAGAAACAUAAACAGGCCUGAGAAAAGUUAUUUUCCCAAAAGUGAAAAACUGAUGAUCAUCAUAAUCACUUACACACUUAAUCUACAUAUUUAGCAAAAAGAACCUGCCUCAGAUGUAACUUUUUCCUUUCUAUUUUGGCAAAUUUACUUGCAAGUCAUUCUACAAUGCACUGAAAUUUGCUUGAUUACAGUGAGUCCUGCAGAGCAGAAACGCUGUAGGUAUGCAGUGUGUGACGGUGAGAGAGUGACCCUGGACACAGACGACCCCAAAGAGCAACUAGACAAUAUGCGUGAAGCCGUAGAUGCAAACCGGAUUUACACUUUAUGACUUUCACACAAAAAAAAAAGUGACAUCGGAGCUUUAAGGACACAUCAUUUGAUGCAUUUGUAGCAUCAGCAGCAGACUGACCAAAGAUGGCUAAUGAUAAAGAUUUGAUAGUGUGAGGAGAUUUCGAAAUCAAAUCGCAGAUAUGAACACUGUUAUGGCGAUAACUUAAACUUUAAUAGAUUAUUUCCCCAUUGUGCUGAUUACCAGUGUGAGCAGCAUCAUACACAGACGACUUCUUUAAUCGCAGGGUUAUUUUAGAGGAUCUAGAAGUAACAAGGAAGUAACAUCAAGGAAAUAUUAAAAUAAAUUGAAAAACAUUUUUCCGAAGAAGCGUUGGAAAAAACUACACAAGCCUACUGAAACAAGAAACUAUUUUGUGCUGUUUUGCCCCGCCCACAUGUCUGAGCUAUGGAAACUGCAGUAACUGCAGGAUAAUGGGUAUUUUGCAAAGUCCCACUGUAGGAAAAUUGACAGGUGAGCCUUCAUCACCUAGACCAAAGGCUCAAAGGUGUUCGGAGUGUCUUCCAUACAUGUCUCAGAUGAUAUUUUGAUAUUUAAAACAUGUUGCGUCUUUGGGAAAAAAAAAAAAUAAAAAACCCUAAUGUAUUCACCUCCUGAGUUAGCAAUUGGUCACCCAAAAUAAAAAAAAGAGCUAAAAGCCAUUUAUCUACUCCGGGAGCUCUCAAGUGAGAAGGUUUUUAACAGUAGACUAAAGCUGUACAUUAGCAUUCUAAUAGAUUUGUUGAAAUAUAUGACAUCUCAAUUUAAGUUCUUCCAAACUAGGAUAUUUCACCUGAAGUGAAAAUGUGCAUCUCUGAGGGCUGAGUCUGGGUUUUCUACAUGCUUUAAGAACAAAAACGUCAAACAUCAUCGCAGGGGCUAUGGGGGAAUACAAGGACAAGACUUAUGGCUAAAUCAUGAAUGAACAGUGGUUUGGGAUGUUAAGCAGAAACAAUAUAUAAUGCUACACAAAACUUUACCCAUGCCAAAUAGAAAAAAAACAAUACUGAAAAAGAAGAGAUUUUUGCUGAUUUUAGCGAGAACUCUGAUGCCUCAUCUGUGUCUACUAUCCAAAAGGAGUCUGUCUGAAUGAGAUGGUUAUAAACCAUUAAAAGCAGAGGCAAGUUUGAUCCUUACUUCAAUAUUUUUUAUGGCAGUCCCUCUGAAAAUGAGAAAUGUCCAGUGUUCCACACAAGUUUUACACCAUCUCAUAUUGGAGAUUUGUGUUUUUUACUGGAAACUUUACUUGAGUUAAAAGCAUACAGUUACUAUUCAUUUGGCGUUCCAUUGUUAUUUGCUUUUUAGUCUCAUGUUUUUUUUUUUUUUUUUAUUUCCUUUCUUUCUUCCAGAUUCCAGAUAUAGAUCAGGUAAAAACAAACCUGUUUUAAAUUUGGGGAGGAAUCCGAUACAUGUUUAGACAGACCGUUUCCAGUUUGUAAAUGAGAACCACGUUUAUGUCAUCUUCCUGGGAGGUUUUAGACAAUUCCCUGUUUUCUAAACGCAAAGAGGUUUUAUCGGGUUCAUAAAUAGAGAUGAGCAAAUAGUGCCGAUGUUUAACACAUCGACACUCACGCCUGAGGUCAAAAUAUCAAGUAGAAGAUACUUAAAAAAAAAAAAAAAGAUCAACUUUCAGCUUCACCUUCAAAUAAAACAUCAGCUUGAAUUUAGUAAUUUAGUAAGCUUGGUAAGACCUGACUAUAAAAAUCAUAUGAGCAUUGUGAACAUCCCAUUCCAUAUUUAGUCCCCAUGUGCUGUUAUAAUAACCUCCACUCUUCUGGGAAGAUGUUCCACUGGAUAUAGGAGUGUGUUUGUGGAGAUUUGUGCUCAUUCAGCCACAAGGGUAUUAGUAAAGUCAGGUACUGAUGUACAGUGAGGAGGCCUGGGGUGCAGUCAGUGUUACAGUUCAUGCCAGAGGUUCAUGCCAGGGGUUGAGGUCAAAGCUCUAUAGCAGGUCACUCAAGAUCUUCCACUCCAAACCAUGCAAAACAUAUCUUCAUAAAGCUUGCUUUGUGCACAAGGUCAUUGUCAUGCUGGAUCACACAUCCAUAUACAUCCUAUACUAAUGUGUCCAUCCAACUUUGUGCUGUUUGGGAGGAACCAAUGGAAAUUCUAGACGUUCCAAUACUUUUGUCCAUAUAGUGUAUGUUUAUUUUUACAUUGAUGAUUAAUGUUAACAUUUUAACUACAGCCAGAAAUGAAAAAAAGAUAAGAUGAAUUAUGAUGAGAUGCUUGAAACUCAAGCAGAUUCAUCAAAUAAUGUUUUUUGAAAAAGCCCUAAAAAAUAUAACUUAUUCAAAAUCCACCUUGCACAAUCCAGUCACCUAAAUAACUGAAAUUGAAAUCACAUGAUUGGCUGCUUAAUGGGUUUAUUGUUUCGAAAACGAGGAUCAUCGCUUUUGCUACAGUGAUUGUUGCAUAUUUUACUUGCAUAUUUUUAUUUAUUUUUGCAUAUUAUGAUAAGAAAUGUAGUAAAAUUCAUAGUAGAUUUGAUAAGUUUAAUGAUUUUGCAAACAAAUGGUACAGCUUGGUACUUGGUAACCUCUUAGGAAAAUGGCUUUUUCAAGGGCUCUCAGCUUUCUGUAAGGUACUGUUUGGGGCCUGGAAAAAACACUACAAAUAACCUGCCAUGGUUUUCAAUUUCAUGUACAGAUUUAUCUUUAAUCAAAUUUAGCUUUGUCCGUAGUACCGUUUCAGAGAAAAUGCUUCUGGAUGGGUUCUUAAAAGUGAUUUCUAGUGGAAAAACCUUAAAUUACCCAAUGCCCACUUUAAACAACCUGUUUUCCUAUUCAGUAUUUUUUUUAAUACCUAUAACCUGAUGCAGUUUGUUAUUUUUGUGCACUUAAAAAAAGGUUCUGAAAAGUUUUUGAGCAUUCGGAAAGGUUCAUUUUUGGAAUCCAUUCUGAAACGUAAAGAGAGUAUUGAAUGGUUUGAAACAGUUCUCUGAUGUAAGAUUCGAGUUGUUCCUUGGUACUAAAAAAAAAAAAGAACUGUAAAGAUCCGUAGCUAAGAACCAGUAAUUUUCAAACAAUGCAAACAAUCUUUAUGGAACCAUUUUUUUCUUUGAUUUGUACCUAGAACCUGUCAGAAGUUUACAAAGCAGCUUGUUGUACUUCUUGCGCAUGGAACCCCUUCUGUUGUAAAGGUUCCAGACAGAGCCUAGAAGUUUUAAAGCCUUUAUUGCUUUAAAACCCAACAAAAUAAUUGCUGCUGUCGGUCAGCACUUUUCUCAAUGUCUGUACAUGUUCCUGUCCCAUGUACAACAGCAGUUUGGUCACUCUUGGGUUACUAUCCCCGAUCAGACCGAGUUCCAUAAUCUAAUGACCCUUAAAAAUCCUUUUAUUCUGUGUAUUAUUUGGUACCUAGAAACGAAUUCACAGGUCUGACGUUUACAAUUCAGCUUCUUGAUACUUGGUAGCAUUUUAGGGUUGUACAAGAAACUCGAAGGCCAUGUUUUUGCUGGAAAACCCGAUAACACAGACGUUGCUGACAGUUAUCUUAGUCCCUGUAUGCGUUCCUGUACAAUGUAGAACGCCUGUUUUGUCACUCUUGGUUUAAUUUAGUUUGUGGCUAUAUCGUGUUCCAGCAUUCUAAGUAAGGACGAUCCACACAGCUGUGCUCGGAGUAAAUGCAAAACAAACAUGCCUCGCUCAUGCUCGUGCUCGUGCUCAGCUGUCAGGGCUCCUCUUUCACACAAAGUCCCACACUGCACCAGGCUCCACUCCCUCUCUCACGGUUCAAACCAUCGGCUCUUGGACAUUCAUGAAAGUUUUUGUUGAAUUAUCACAUGGACAACUGCGGAUCAGGAUUCUGUGACAGAACUGAGACGUCGGUUCUCGGUGGUGAAUUAUUUUACAACCGGCUUUAAGUGGCUAUCUUAGCUUAGCCACGAAAACUCAGGUCACUAAAAUGGCUGUGGGAUAGUUUAGCUUUAAAAAAUAAUAAUGCAGGUUCUACUAAGCAUUAAACCCAAACGGAUCACUUUGUAAAUAUGAUUUAUGCAAACAAAUAAAGUAAGAAUUAAAUAAAAAUAAAAAAGAAGAAUAAAUAAAUAUGAAUCUCUGCAUCGUCCCUUGUCACUUCUAAUACUACUGAAGAAGGCAUAUCCAAGUUCUAGAAUAAUAAUAUAAUGCUUUUUUGUGUGCGGGCAUGUACAAUGUUUUUGUUUUUUUCUUCUCUUUUUUCUUUGGCUGUUUAGAAAUUGAAAAUGUAAUUAAUUUGUUGUAAUUAUCCUUGCAAGGAAUUUAAUAUUAUUAUGUGUGCGAGGUUGGGGUUUGUGUUUUGUGGAUUUUAGGAUUCAAAUGUGAUUUUUUUUUUUCUUGGUGUGAUGCAUUUUUUUCUCCUCCCGAAGCUUUAAGCUAAAUGUAUGGCAUUUUUAAUUAAUUACUUUCAAGCUUGUCGAUAUUCUCUCUCUCUCUCUAUAUAUAUAUAUAUAUGUUGUGUGUGCGUAAGAUUUACAACGCAAGUUAUUGCACUUACAAAGAUUUUGUUUGUAGUAACUGACCCAGGUUUGAUAUCACUAAUAAGCGGUUUAUAAUCAAGCUCCGACGUUUUGGUCUACUUGAUUAUUACUUUUAUUUUUUUUUCCCCUCAUCUCAUUGUCCCAAACUUGUCUUACCCAACCGUAAUGAAGUAUGACUCAGCUACAAAUCACAUCGUUUCUGAAAACCCGUCCAAGGCUCCCACUGGUUUUAUGUGAAGCCGUUUUUGUUUAGUUUUUUUGUUUUUUUUUGCCCCAGGACAAUUCCCACUCAGACUAUUUUAAGAUUUUGGCUUGUGAAAUCAUCGCAUGCAUUCUCAAAGCACCACCAUUCCUCUUCCAUUCUCUAAUAAAUUGGACUAAUGGAGUUCCAGCAGAGAGAAGAAGAAGAAGAAGCAGCAGCAACAGCAGCUGUGUGGGUUUGACCGUCUUCCAGCGACAGGAAAAGAACAUCACAUUCUAACCAAUGUAGGGGAAGAGAGCUCCACUCGUUUUAAGAUGUUUUUUUGAAGCUUUGAAUGUGUGUGUGUGUGUGUGUGUGUGCGUGUGUUUUCUUUUUUUCCGUUUAGAUACUGAUCAAUAAAAAACUUAAUGUUAACAUUAACACAUGUUUUUGUUGUGCUCGUCAUCAUGAUGUUAUAAAAGUGCUAUAAAGAAAUAGGACUCCUCAUGUGGUGUAAAUAAGAAUUGAUAAUCUAAAGUGGCACAACAUUGGUACUUUCUCAAAAGUACUGUACCAUGGGUACAAAUAGGUUCUUGAUGGGUUCUAAUGGAGGCCUGUUAGGUUCUUAGCUUUUAAGACAGGAUUAAAUCCUGAAUUUGUACAAUAACUCCUUAAAAAAAAACCAACAACUUUAAAACCCUUGUAAUUUGUUACCUAGAACCUGUUGGAAUUUAAUUGUUUUGAAGUGAUUUAUUCAGCAAUUUGCCACU